AUGACUAUGAGAGAUCAUGUGGACUCCAUUCCGUCCGGGCCGUCCGACAAGCGCUUCUCUCACGACUCCGGUCUGUCCGAUACUAGCUAUAAGCGGGAUAACCGUCAAAGCAGACGUCAUAGAACCGACCCCAUCAAAAAUGUUGACGAACCGCGCCGCGGCACCAAGAGCGUCGCCGAGAGUCGACGAGGCAAGAGCCACGCCACUCGGCGAGGCGAGAGCGAGACGCGACGAGGCAAGAGCCGUGAGACUCGGCGGAGCAAGACCCGCGAGGCGCAACGAAGUGACAGCAGCGGCACGCGGCGAGGCAAGAGUCGUGAAGCGCGGCGGAGUGACAGCGGUGAAGCGCGACGAGGCAAAAGUCGCGAGGCGGGGCGGGUUGACAGUGGCGAGAGCCGGCGAGGCAAGAGCGGAGCCCGACGAGGCAAAACUCGUGAGGCGCGGCGAGGCAAGAGCGGCAGCGUGCGCCGCUCGUCAGGGUCGCGGAGCAGCUUCCGUGACACGCUGGAGCGUGCGCUGCGGGAUCAGCAGGCUCAAAUCGCGCGGGUCGCUCAAAUGUGCGAGCUACAGGCCCGCUCAGGCGCGCCAGCCAGCGAGCGCCGCAGCGAGCGACAUAGCGAGCUCAGCGAGCGUCGCAGGCGGCCGAGCGAGCGGCGCGGCGACAAGCGCAACGAGCGAAGCGAGCGGGAAGAGAGCGGCCGGACGUCGAGCGAGACUACUGAGUUCUCGUCUUCUAGUAGCAGCGUCGAUGCGGUCAAACGACGGACCUCUGAGUGCAGAACCUACAAGAUUAUAAUGUCGAAGCUGGAUGAGCUGAACCGCCUGUUCGUGGCUCGCCGCGCCGCCGGCGCCCCGGGGGCCCCGGCGCCCGGCGCGCUGGCGCCCAAGCCGCCUGGCGCCCUGGUGCCCAAGCUGCCCGCGGCGCGCGCUCACGACGACUCGUCGGUGACCGUGUCUGACAAGGUUGUGGGCACUGAGUCUCCGAAGCAUACGGCGCGGAAGGCGGAGUUCGAGCACAACCGCACCAUCAUCGUGGCGGCCGCCGCCGUCGACAUCCCGCCCGCGCAGCGCCUCAACUGCAACGUCGUCACCGAGAGCGUGGUGCGAGACGAGCGAGAGAGCGGGCCGGCGAGCGAGAAGGGCAUGCCGGGUCACUUCCACCUGGACGACCCCGUGCGCUUAUACCAGCAAGCGAAGCGCCUCGAAGCCCGCGUGACGCGCAACUCGAGCUCCGACUCCCCCGACUCGGGCCGCUCGAGCCGCGGGUCGAGCCACUCGGGCAAAGGCUCGAGCCACUCGGGAAAAGGCUCGAGAUCUCCGUCGCUCUGCGCGCUUUGCCGAUGUUACUGGCUGGUCGCGCGUCGUUACGUCGCUCAGCUCAAUCCGGUGCGGGAGUGAAACUUAAUCCUGGCAUCUACUAGGCUCACCCAAUCGAAUCCCAAUCGCCUUCUACAUUUACUAUGAAACUGCGUCCAAUCACACACACAGACGUAUCAUUUCGCUUACGCUUAAAGACUGCUUAAGUGUGCGAAAGAGAAGCUGUCACGUAUAUGAACAUGAGUGCAAAGGAAACAGACUACAAAUUAAAACCGUGACCAUUUUUGAAAUCGACAGCGAUCGAUACUGGUCUACUAAACUUAAGUUUAACGGAUUAACCCCUCACCCGCCUUGUUCCAGAUCUGUCUCAGACAAUUUAUACUGUAAUUAAAAGAUUCAGGUUAUUAAUUCAGUAGCGAAUUUUUGCAACGGCUUUCGAGGGGUUAAUCGGACUUUUCAGUUUAAAAAAUUGUAUUUGGAGGAUACAGGGGCUGAUUUCCGUUUCGAUUCACGUUUUUAUAUAUAAUUUCUGAAUUUAAUACACCCAAUUUUGGUCUCACUUUCGAUAUUUAACAGCUCUUCUGAUUGUAUAUACGGCGAAUUUUUGCGAUUCGAUUCGACGAGCCUAGUGGGCGCUAGCCUUUAUUGUAAUGUCAAGUUGUCCGGUGCGCGAGUGAAACUUAUUGUAAAGUCAAUUUAUUGUAAUGUCCUAACGUCAAGUCAAUCGCGAAUGAAGUGUCCUGUCCUGUAUUGUGUUUGUAAAGUACAUUGGUUUCC